AUGGGAAGUUGUGCUGCAGCUAAAAAUGCAAUUCGUAAAUGCCAAAGUUCAGUGUCCAACUUCUGUUUAAAAUACACUCACCAAUGCAACCGAACAGGGAUUCUCCUGGCAAAUCGCCUCAACAGGUAUUUCAAAAGCAACCGUUCACCGUCUGUUCGAACAGACGGAGCCCCUUCGAGCCUUCAACGAGCCCGCACUAAAUCCAAGCAGCCAACGAAACGAAACGCAGCCGUUCGUGGAGCUGAACCCGCCGACCCCUCCCGGGCAGGUCAGCCCUGCUCGGGCCCCCGCAGCCGACAGGGCUACCGGCAGAGCAGCCGGCCGAGCAGCCCGCAGAGCAGCCCGGCCGGGGGGCCCGGGGCCCGGCAGAGCAGCCCGCAGAGCAGCCCGGCCGGGGGGCCCGGGAGCAGCCCGCAGAGCAGCCCGGCCGGGGGGCCCGGGGCCCGGCAGAGCAGCCCGCAGAGCAGCCCGGCCGGGGGCCCCGGGGCCCGGCAGAGCAGCCCGCAGAGCAGCCCGGCCGGGGGCCCGGGGCCGCGGCCCCGCCCGUGA